AUGGAGAUGCAGAUGCUGCGUUUCUGUGUACCUCUGGAGCGUCACACAGGCAAGGAGAUUCUGGAGUGCAUUCAGGACUUGUAUGUGAAGAUAAGGACGAUGGGGCUGCCUUUGACCCGUAUUCACAGCGAUCGAGCGAGGGAGUUCAGAGUCAAGCCGGUGAAGAAAUGGUGUCGGGAGAGGGACAUCUACCAGACGUUCACAGAAGGCUUGACGCCUACCCAAAACGCUGUGGCGGAGGGUCAUGUGAAGUGGCUCAAGGCUCAAGCUCGAGUGCACAAUGCCAGGCAACUGGGACUAAAGAUUCCAGACCUCAAGUUCGGAUCGGUCGUAUGGGUGAAGUCGAAAAAGGACCGUGGACCUUUCGAUCCCCGAUGGGAGCGUGGAGUCUACAUGGGCCCAGCCGAUGAUGUGAGAGAAGGACAUGUUGUUCGCCUGGAUGAUGGUUUGUGGCUUCGGACAUUGCAUAUGCGUACGGUGAGAGAUGAUGAGAUCGAUGAGGAAGAUGAAGCCGAGCACGUGGUGGACCUCAUUGAACCUACCCGCCGUGUGAGAUCCAAGACCAAGUUAAGUGACCCGGAGAUCCAUGCGAUGAAGGUGGGCGAACGAAGGGCGCUGGUUGACAAGUUGUUGGCAUCACCAAUGUGGGAGUCAAAGGAAGCUAAGGUUGAAAGGCCACAAAUGAAGGAAGGCGACGUGUGGGACGGAGCGGCUUACUUGAAUUUGGGAGCUUACCAGCAUGGGGGAAUUACAAGCAUCACGGCUGCCACGGAAAGGUUUGCGCAAGAGACGGAGCUGGCAGCUAAGCCGGGCGACGAGUUCUACGGCAACUAUGCUUCAAUGUGGGUUAAUGGGAAAGAAGUUCCGGGGCAGAAGUUUAGCAUCGAGAAACCGGUUACUGUGAGACCCGAUCGUCUACAUGCACCAAUGAAGGGGGGCGAGGGCGGCCGGCUCGUUGCGAUCGGCUACACAGUGAGCAAAUGGGAAAAGCUUAUGGACCACCAGUGCGAGGACCUGAAGGGGCAGACCACCUACUCCACCGAUCCCAAGUUCGGAAGCACCUACAACAGCCCCGCCUACGGGUACUAUGACUAU